AUAACGGCGAGAGAGAGAGAGAGAGAGGGAGAGAGCGAGAGAUAGGGAGAGAGAGAGAGCGCGAGCAAGAUAGGGGAAUCGAAGAGAGAAGAGAGGAGAAGAGCUUCGAAUCUGAUCACCGGCUGCGCCGGCGUCUCUAGAUCUCCUUAUCGGCGCCUCCAAUUCCUCGAUCUCCGGUCCGGGUUUUGAUUCUUGGAGCUGGUUUGGGGAUUUGGAGGACAGCGGCGAUGUGCAUCAACAGCCCGGGAGGAGGGGAAAGCUAGGGUUUUGGUGCUUCGGGUCUGGGCCUGGACCUCUCCUAGGGUUCCGGGUGGAGUUCCAUGGGAGAUGGAGGAGUCGCGUGUGCCCCCUCGCAGCAUAUCAUGGAGAGAUUCCCGAUUUCGGAGGCGCUCUGUGGAGGCAACGGUGUGCUUGCUUCGAAGCCCUUUAGACCAGAGAAGAAUAUGAAGAAGGCCGAGAGGGGAGAGGUGGCGGAGAGGAAGGGAGAUUCGAGCGCAGAUAAAGCUCGGAAAUCGGACGGGAGAGUGAGGAGAGCGGAAUUGGAGAAGGGGGAACUUGUGCUGGAGAGGCAGCGGAAGGGGGAAUUGGAGGAGGGUGAGUUGCAGAAUGGGGAGGUGGAGAAGGGGGAGUGUCGGAAUGGGGAAUUGGAAAAGGGGGAGUUUGUUCCGAAGAAAUGGCAGAAAGGUGAAGUGGAAGCAGGAGAGUUUGUUCCAGAGAGACGGAGAAGAGAAGAGGUGGAGAAAGGGGAGUUGAUUCCAGAUAGAUGGAGCAAAAGGGAAUUGGAAAAGGGAGAGGUUGUGCGGGAUAAGUGGAAGAGAGGUAUGGAAUUGGACAAGUCAAGUAGAGGCCGGAAGGUGGAAUUGGAGAAGGGCGAAUUCAUUCUAGAAAAAUGGCGGAAGGGCGAGAGAGAGCACUCCCUGGAUGACAAUUACCGGAGGAAAGAUGGUGGUCGCGGUGACAGCAACCACAAGAAGAGGUCUUCUUCAAAGUGGGAUGGCAGUGCCCAUGAGAGGGAUGGUAAGAAAUGCUCACGAGCUGCUGAAGAGGAGCCAGGUGAGAUCAAGCAUGAACAUGUCAAUGGGAAGAACCGUGAUAAGGAGUAUAAUUGGGGUAGCUGGCCCAAGCGGCAUUGCUUGGAGUCUGAGAGCAGCAACCACAAGCACCAUUCAGAGUUCAGUGACCAAUCGGCAUUGAAGAGUCGGAGGAAGUCGGAAGAGAGUAACCGCUCCACUUAUCCAGAGAGGUCACAUAGAAAUGCUUCUUCUUCAUCCUUGAGGGUUUCAUCUACCAGCAGGUACACUUCUAGGUACCAUGAGUCAUCAUUGGCAUCCCGAGGUUGCCAUGAUAGACAAGGCCGAAGCCCAGGUCAUUCUGAUCGAUCACCGUGUGAGCGAACCCAUCACCAUGACCACAGGGAUCGGAGCCCACGUUACCUGGAGCGGUCCCCACGUGACAGAACUCGCCACUGUGAUCACAGGGAUCGUACCCCAACUCACUCCGACAGAUCUCCACGUCAACGUGCUCGGCAUCAUGAUCACAGAGACCGGACCCCAGGAUAUCCAGAGCGAUCCCCACAUGAUCGUGGACAUGAUGUAGAUCAUCGAGAGUCAAGCAAGAAGAGUAGAGGGAGUGAGAGGCAGCAAAACAGCAGGUAUGAGGAAAGGGUGGGGCGUAGGGAGCACGGUGAAAAAGAUAACCUCAAGAAUAACUCACUUAGGCAAGCAAACAGGAGCACUUGUGACAGAACUAUUGAGGAUAAACCCAAUAAAGAUAAGGUGUUGCAGAAUUCAAGUAGGCAGCCUAGUGAACCUCCUCCUCCUGUCCUCCCUCCUCCCCCUCCCCCUCCUCCUCCUCCUGUCCUCCCUCCUCCCCCUCCCCCUCCUCCGCCUCCUCUUCCUCAGUCUCAAGUUAAUGGGGUUCUUGAAGAGCUACAGUCGAUGGAAGAGGAUAUGGAUAUAUGCGACACUCCACCCCAUGUUACUAUAGCAUCUGAUUCCAGUGCAGGGAAGUGGUAUUAUCUUGAUCAUUUUGGUAUAGAACAGGGACCUUCCAAAUUAGUUGACCUUAAAAGGCUUGUAGAAGAAGGGGUUCUUCUUUCUGAUCAUUUGAUAAAGCAUGCUGCCAGUGACCGUUGGGUAACUGUUGAAAAUGCUGCCUCUCCCAUUGUUCCUUUGAACCUGCCCUCUGUUGCUUCGGAUGCUGUGACGGAGAUGGCAAGCCCUCCAGAAGCCCCUGGGAACUUGUUAGCUGAUGCUAGAGAUCUUUGUCAGGGGACAUCCAUUUCAGAAUCACAACUGGAGGAGAUGCAUACCGAAGGUGCUUCAGCUGUACCAGAAUUUAUUGAAGAUUUUCAUAUUGAUAAGAGGGUUGAAGCUUUAUUGGAUGGUUAUACUAUUUUAGAUGGAAUGGAACUUGAGAUCCUUGGAGAAGCAUUGAACAUGACAUUUGAGCGUGUUGAUUGGGAGAAAUGGGGCCGAUCUGAAGGUUUCACAAGAUUCCAAUCUCACAGUUACGGGCUUUCCAAACAUCCAAGAGAUGAUGGAACUGGCAGAGCUUCUGAAAACUUCUCCAGGGAUGCUGGUGAAGUUAGACUUGGUGCACCUUCUGAAAGGGAUUAUGUGAUUCCUGUUGGGGGUUCUAGUGAUUGGUUUGCUGGCAGGUGGUCUUGCAAGGGUGGUGACUGGAAGAGAAAUGAUGAAGUUGGUCAAGAUAGAUCUUACAGAAGAAAGCUUGUCCUCAAUGAAGGCUACCCCCUAUGUCAGAUGCCAAGGUCUCGACAUGACGAUCCUCGUUGGCACAGAAGGGAUGACCUUUACUAUCCUUCACGUGUCAAAAAGUUUGACAUACCCCUUUGGGCUUUCUCAUCAGCAGAAGACAAUAUUGAUAGCAGCGACCCAAGCAAAAGUGGUCUUACAAGCAGAUCAGGCCAGGUAAAGCUGUUGGCUCCUAGGGGAGCAAAAGGAACAUUGCUUCCUGUGGUUAGGAUAAAUGCAUGUGUGGUUAAGGACCAUGCCUCUUGUGAACCUCGUUUGAGGGGCAGAGGCACUGAGCGGCAUCCUCCAAGGUCUUCGAGGUCAUACUCUGCGAAUAGUGAUAGAAAUUCAUUUUAUGAAGGUUCUUCUCAUUCUAGGAGGCUUCAUGAACGGGACUCACAGAGUUUGCACAAAUGCAGGACUGUCCUCAAUGUUCCUAGGGAUCAUGUUUGUACUAUUGAUGAAUUGUCAAUAGAUCUGGGCGAUUGGUACUAUUUGGAUGGUGCUGGUCAUGAACAUGGCCCAUCAUCGUAUUCGGAGUUGCAGGAUUUAGUUGCUAAAGGUGCUAUCCUUGAGAAGAGCAGUGUCUUCCGGAAGAUAGACAAUACUUGGCUUCCAAUUACUAGAAACAGAAAGUCUUCAGAAGCUGUUCAUCAUGAAGAAGACACAACAGUUCCAACUGCAUGUUCUUCUUUUGCUGCUGGUCUUAUGCAGUCAGAGGUAUCCCAUGGUGACAUAAGCAAUGCUUCAGAUUCAUUUCACAGCUCGCACCCUCAAUUUAUUGGCUAUACACGUGGCAAGCUGCAUGAACUUGUCAUGAAAUCAUACAAAAACCGGGAGUUUGCUGCAGCUAUAAAUGAGGUUUUGGAUCCAUGGAUUAGUGCAAAGCAGCCGAAGAAGGAGAUGGACAAGUGCAUUCCAUUUAACUCUUCUAUCACAAGGAGCUCUACUGUUCUAGUUCAUGACUUGUCAGGAGACAGUUUUUGGAGAUCAGAGGAGGGGGCAUCUCGUUCUGCAAAAAGAGCACGACCGCUGGCUGAUGAAAGUGAUGGAGAUUAUGAAAUGGAAGAUGAUUUACUUGCUGGUCAGAAGAAUGACUGUUCUUUUGAAGAAUUGUGUGAUGAGGCUGCUUUUAUUGAAGAUAUUGGUACUAGUUCUGAAACAGAAAAUGAGAGCUGGGGCCUACUGAAUGGCCAUGUAUUAGCUAGGGUCUUUCACUUUUUAAGAGCCGAUAUGAAGUCAUUAAUCUCCUCUGCUGCUACCUGUAAACGCUGGAAUGCAAUAGUAAAGUUUUACAAGAAUCUGUGCAGACAUGUUGAUUUGUCAAAUACUGGUCCCAGAUGUACUGAUUCCAUGUUUCGUAGUAUUAUGGGUGGUUAUAACAAGAAAUAUGUAGCAUCUCUUUUCUUAGCAGGGUGUACUAAUAUAAGUGCUAGUGUUCUGGAAGAAGUCCUCCAGCUAUUUCCCUGCAUAUCUUAUAUCGAUAUCAGAGGAUGCAAUCAGUUUAAUGAUUUGAAACCCAAAUUUCAGAAUAUAAAAUGGAUAAAGAGCUUCAGUUCGAGCAACAUCAAGAAUAAUGAGGAAUCACAUUCAAAGAUAAGAAGCCUCAAGCAAAUAACCGAGAAAAGCUACUCAAUGUCUAAAAGUUUUAGGGGCUUAGGCAGUCUACUUGAUGAUUCUGAUGAGCUAGGAGAUUUUGGUUAUAAUGAAUCCAAUUUGGUGGAUAGAAAGGAUUCUUCAAGCCUUCCGUUCCGGCAGGGCUUCUAUAAGAGAGCCAAGGUACGUGAUGCUAGAAAGUCGUCAGCAGUUCUGUCAAGGGAUGCACAGAUGAGGCGAUGGCUGCAAAGGAAAGCUGAGAGUGGGUACAGGAAGAUGAAGGAAUUUAUUGGCAACAGUUUGAAGGCCAUCAUGAGGGGGAACAAGUUUGAAUUCUUUAUACCCAGAGUUGCAAAAAUUGAAGACAGGAUGAGAAGUGGUUAUUAUGUUCGGCAUGGUUUGAGUUCUCUCAAGGAUGACAUCAGUCGAAUGUGCCGGGAUGCCUUUAAAGCAAAGAAUCGGGGUGAUGCUGGAGAUAUGAAACAAAUUAUCAUGUCAUUUAUCCAACUGGCAAAGAGAUUGGAAGAGAACCCUCGGUUAAUCAGUGAAAGAGAUGACAUGUUCAAGACACUAAAAGACAGCUCAGAUUCAGGAUCAUAUUCAUCAGAAUCUAAACUUAGAAAGAAGCAAAACAAAGUUAUAAGUGAAAAGAAGGGCAUAAAUAGGAGUGUUAACACAUCCUGUGCCAAUGGUGGAACAGACUAUAGAGCUUAUGCAUUUGACCGAGAGAUCAAAAGAAGCCUCUCUAAAUUGAAGAAAAGGGACAUGGAUUCUGACAGUGAGACAUCUGAUGACCAUGAAAAUGAUUUCUCUGAAGAAGCUGAUAGAGGUGAAGAUGAGAGUACUGCUUCGGAUACAGAAAGUGACUUGGACCUGAAUUCAGGAGGGAUGUGGGAUAUAAAAGGAGAUGGGUAUUUUAAAAUGGAUGAUUCUUUUGAUUCCAUCACAGACGACCGUGAGUGGGGUGCUCGUAUGACAAAAUCAAGCCUUGUUCCACCAAUUACUAGAAAAUAUGAAGUUAUUGACAAGUAUGCUAUCGUAGCAGAUGAGGAGGAAGUGCAACGAAAGAUGCAAGUUGCUUUACCUGAUGAUUAUUCUGAAAAACUGCUUGCACAAAAGAGUGGUAUGGAGGAGUCAGAUAUGGAAAUCCCUGAGGUGAAGGAUUACAAACCCAGGAAAAUGUUAGGAGUUGAAGUCCUAGAGCAAGAGGUAUAUGGUAUAGAUCCUUACACGCAUAACCUUCUUCUUGAUUCUAUGCCAGAGGAGCCUGAUUGGCUACUUGCUGAUAAACAUAAGUUCAUUGAAGAGUUGCUUCUUUGCACUCUGAAUAAGCAAGUCAGGCAUUUCACUGGUACUGGAAAUACACCAAUGGUCUAUCCUUUACAGCCUGUUGUUGAAGAAAUCCAGAAGGAUGCAGAGGAUGGAGGUGAUAUACGCAUUGUAAAAAUGUGCCAGGCCAUAUUAAAGGCCAUUAGGAGUCGUCCGGAUGAUAAUUACGUUGCUUAUAGAAAGGGGCUUGGAGUUGUCUGCAACAAAGAAGAAGGUUUUGGUGAAGAUGAUUUUGUUGUUGAAUUUUUGGGAGAGGUUUACCCAGCUUGGAAAUGGUUUGAGAAACAGGAUGGAAUUAGAUCUUUACAAAAAAAUAAUCAAGAUCCAGCACCUGAGUUUUAUAACAUCUACCUAGAGAGGCCAAAGGGUGAUCGUGAUGGAUAUGAUUUGGUUGUUGUUGAUGCCAUGCACAAGGCGAACUAUGCAAGCAGAAUCUGUCACUCUUGCAGGCCUAACUGUGAAGCAAAGGUUACUGCUGUGGAUGGUCAAUACCAAAUAGGAAUUUAUACUGUACGUCCAAUUGGUUAUGGCGAAGAGAUCACUUUUGACUAUAACUCUGUAACAGAGAGUAAGGAAGAAUAUGAAGCAUCGGUUUGUUUGUGUGGAAGUCAAGUUUGCAGGGGUAGUUAUCUGAAUCUGACUGGUGAAGGUGCAUUUCAGAAGGUAUUGAAGGAUUGCCAUGGGGUGCUAGACCGACAUAAAUUAAUGCUAGAAGCUUGUGAAGCCAAUUCUGUUUCCCAAGAAGACUAUAUUGAUUUGGGAAGGGCUGGUCUGGGAACUUGUUUGCUUUCUGGGCUGCCUGAUUGGCUUGUUGCUUAUUCAGCUCAUCUGGUGAGGUUUAUCAACUUUGAGAGAACAAAACUUCCUGAAGAGAUUCUCAGGCACACCUUGGAGGAGAAGAGAAAAUUCUUUUCUGAUAUAUGUCUCGAGGUUGAGAAAAGUGAUGCUGAGGUUCAGGCUGAGGGUGUUUACAAUUCGAGGCUUCAAAAUGUCGCACUAACUCUCGACAAGGUAAGCUAUGUUAUGAGAUGCAUGUUUGGGGAACCUAAGAAAGCUCCACCACCCUUAGAGAAGCUUAGCCCUGAAGGCUUAGUUUCAGUCCUUUGGAAAGGGGAAGGUUCACUGGUUGAGGAGCUGCUUCAUUCCAUGGCCCCCCAUGUGGAAGCAGAUCUACACAGUGAGCUCAAGGCCAAGAUUCAUGCUCAUGAUCCAUCUGGUUCUGAUAAUCUCCAGAGAGAACUUCGGAAGUCUUUAUUGUGGCUAAGGGAUGAGCUGCGAAACCUUCCUUGUACUUAUAAGUGCCGCCAUGAUGCUGCCGCAGACUUGAUUCACAUAUAUGCCUACACAAAAUGCCUUUUUAAAGUUCAGGAGUACGCGACUGUAAAAUCUCCGCCAGUUUACAUCAGCCCUCUUGAUUUAGGUCCCAAGUAUGCUGAUAAGAUGGGGUCUGGUUUCCAGGAAUACUGCAAGACAUAUGGUGAAAAUUAUUGUUUAGGCCAGCUAAUCUAUUGGUAUAGCCAGACGAAUGCAGACCCAGAUUGUAGAUUGGGAAGAGCUUGGAAGGGUUGCUUGUCAUUGCCCGACAUCUCCUCCUUUUAUGCGAAGUCUCACAAGGCACUGCAAGAGCAUGUCUAUGGCUCAAACACCUUGAGAUUCAUGUUGUCACGAAUGGAGAAACAGCCGCAGAGACCAUGGCCUAAGGACCGGAUAUGGGUGUUCAAGAGCAGCCCCAAAUUUUUUGGUAGUCCGAUGCUGGACGCCGUGUUGAAUAAGUGUCCCUUGGACAAGGAGAUGAUGCAUUGGCUGAAGACUAGGCCGAAUGUUUUCCAAGGCGCAUGGCAUGGGUGACACAGGCAACUUUGCCUCUAUUUCUGGAGCAACCAUUGACCACAUUCUUUUGUUUCCUUCACAGCUUCCCCUUCUAAUUCUGGGGGUUUGGGUUUCAUUGCACGGCAGCAUUCUCCCCCCAAUGUACAGUUUUUCUCCCCUGUAAUUUGUAUUGAUUAUUUAGGUCAUUGGUUUAAGGUAGCGCCUUUUCUGCUCAAAGUUGGCCUUUUUCUCAUCACUUCCAUGUGUGUACUGACGCAUGUUGUACAAAACUUAGUUGAUAUGAAAAGGGUGGGUAGCUUCACGGGCAUGAUCUUUGUUCUAGAAAUAAUAAGCACUAUUUUUUUUUUCUAGACGACAGAGGUUGUAUGGAUAUUGUUUCCAGCUGCUGAUUCAUGCAAUUGGUUGUAAAGUGUGUCAGAUUUUGCUGAUCUGGCUUUUAGAUAAAUCCUGAUCAUUCUAAUGAUUUUGAGU